AACAGUCGAGUCAGAUUCACUCGGAUCAGCUACGAACAAGUGACGUGUCGCACAGUCAAGUCGAUUUUACCUUUGAGAAAGUCCUCAACAAAAAUCUACAGCUCUCAACAGCAAACUACGGUGUACAACAGACAACGCGGUCUAUAACAGACAACACAGUCUAUAACAGACAACACAGUCUAUAACAGACAGCUCCAGUCUGCGAAAGACAACACCGUCUACUACAGUCUACAUCAGACAGGGACCAUGGACCAAGCAAACAAUCCCGGAAACAGCCAACAAGCUGCUUUCGCUGCUCCACAGGUCAGUUGGGCCCAUGCAGCGCUUCCCACAGAUCCUGUCGAACUGCAGCGCGAGCUUCUAGACGCUCGUGGCGCCCUGGAGCAAUGGGGGUCUCAGAGAAUGAAGAUGGGAUACAGGAUCCACAAACUGAAAUAUGAGGUCAACAGACGGGACAUGUUCAUAGACCUCAGGGACAGAAAGUUCAGUGACGAAACACAAAAGAGCCGUGACACCAUCGCACAGCAUGAAGAAGAAAUCUCCAACCUGAAGAGAAGUCUCCAGUACAUGCAGAGCGUUCAGGAAGAGAGCGUCCAAGAGAAAGAACACAUGGAAGCCAAACUGAAGGCAGAGCGACAAAAGGCCACAGAGAAAACCAACGAGCUGCUCGUGCUGAACCUAGAAAAACAAAAGAUUGUUCUGCAGCAGAACGAUUUGCAGAACAUGGUCAACCGGCUGGAACAGCAGCUCCGUCAGAGGGACAACGAAAACCAGACUCUCAGGAAACACAAUGACAGCCUCUAUCACAGCCUCACUGAGGCCAACAAAAUCCUUCAUGCCAGAAAAGCUGAAUUUCUGGAGAGCAACAGAGUCUGGCAAGACAAAUACAAGGCUCUGCAGGAGAAGUUCAGCGACAAAGAACAGGUUUGGGACACAAAGCAAAACCUGGAGGCAGAGAAGAAGAAACUGUCUGAGAAACAACUCAGUUUGGAGACGACAGUCCAAAAGAUGGAGGAACAGAAGAAGGAACUGUACGAGAAACAACUCAGUUUGGAGACAACAGUCCAAAAGAUGGAGGAACAGAAGAAGGAACUGUACGAGAAACAACUCAGUUUGGAGACAACAGUCCAAAAGAUGGAGGAACAGAACAAGGAACUGGAGGAGCUCCGUCACAAACUCAAGGAAGUCAGACUCCAGCUGAGGACCACCACAGAGAAAUUUCAGCAGAGCGACGAAGCUUGGCAGACAAAACACGAAGCUCUGCAGCAGAAAUUCAAAGACGAGCUGGCCCAGAUAGAACAGAGGUGGGAGAAACACGUCAAAGAGCUGGAGGAAGAGAAGAAACAACUCGCAGAGGAAAACCAGAACUGGCAGAUGAAAGUACAGCAGCUGGAGGGAGAGAAAACUGAACUGGAGAAACUCUGUCAGACAUGCAGGAAGAUUCAGAGAGCGAGGAAAAAGAAAGAAAAAGAAGAGAAAGAAGAGAUGAAGAAGAAAGAAAAAGAAGAGAAAGAAGAGAUGAAGAAGAAAGAAAAAGAAGAGAAAGAAGAGAUGAAGAAGAAAGAAAAAGAAGAAAAGGCAGAGAUGAAAAAGAAAGAAAAAGAGGAGAAGAAAAAACAAAGAGAGGAGAAGAAGGCAGAGGGCCGCUGGGGUCGGAGGUUCAACAAGAACUACGACAGCGACAGGGUGGUGGAGGAGGUUGCUGGUUGUUCGGCUCAGGUCGACCAACAGUAGUUCCUUCUUCCUUCGUCUGUCCUGUCUCCACCCUCCCUUCACCCUCUGUCUCCAUCACCCCUUCCUCUUUCCACCUUCCCCCUCAUUCCUCCCUCCAACUCGCUUCCACCUUCCUAACUCCCCCAUUCUCUCUCACAGCCACCUCUUUCCAAGACACUGAAGCUCAAAUUGCUCCCAAUUCGAGGACGGCACAGCGGCUCACAGAAACACCUCCACCUCGUUUCUGUGAGGAGUUUGUAUAUCUCCCUGUGUCCAUGUAGGGUUUUCUCCUGGUGCUCAGAGUUUCUCCCACAAUACAAAAACAUGCAGCAAAAACCAAAAUUAAAUUGCUCAUGAAAAAAAAAACAAAA